CACCAUUAGGUUUGGGUUACACCUUAAACGCUUGCAAGAUGCUAAAGGAAAAUACGUUAUUUUGGCAUUUAUGUGAAGAACAACACGCCCGUGAAAACUCUGUAUAACAUAUCUGACUCAGAAUGGGUGAAGACGCUAAGAUACGAACAUGUCAUCUCUUGGACUUGCCCUGGGAGGAUGUGCUUGUCCCACAUAUUCUGUGCUACUUGCCGCUGCAGCACCUUGUCAGCCUGCAGAGGGUGAGCAAGCAGUUUCACAGCCUCAUCCAGGUGUAUCUGGCCAACUGCAGGACGUUUGAUCUGUCCUUGAUUGGACCGUCCAUUCCCAAGGAAGCGUUCUGCGCCUUGUUAAAGGACAACAAAGUCCUCCACAGCCUGUCUCUCCAGAACUGCUCAGACUGGGUGACGGACAAGGAGCUGCUGCCAGUUAUUGGCCAGAACCAGCACCUGCAGAGAGUGGACAUGAGCGGGUGUGUUUGGCUCACCCGCCACUCCCUGGUGGCUGUGUCCUUGAGCUGCAUGCACCUGCAGCACCUCGGCCUGGCGCACUGCGAGUGGGUGGACAGCCUGUCCCUGCGCAGCCUGGCUGACCACUGCGGGGGGCUGCAGUCGAUCGACCUCACCGCCUGCCGCCAGCUCAAGGACGACGCCAUCUGCUACCUGGCCAAGAAGUGCUCCAAGUUGAGGUCUCUAUCUCUGGCAGUCAACGCCAACGUCACUGACGAGUCGGUGGAGGAGGUGGCCAAGAACUGCAGGGGCCUGGAGCAGCUGGACCUGACGGGUUGCCUGCGGGUCAGGAACCAGUCCAUCAGGACUCUCGCAGAGUACUGCCCAAAGCUGCAGUCCCUGAAGGUGAAUCACUGUCACAAUGUGACAGAGUCCAGCCUGGAUCCUCUGCGGAAGCGCAACGUAGUGAUAGAUGUUGAGCCGCCGCUACAGAGGGCUCUGGUGCUUCUUCAGGACGUGCUGGGGUUUGCUCCCUUUAUCAAUCUGCAGAUAUAGCCAAGGGGCAUUGAUCUGUCCAACAGGUGCACACAAGAGUCUUCGUCAAAGCUCUCAGCUGCAUUACAUGUGCAAGCGAGUUGCUCGAAGAAAUGUCAAGACAAUCCAAGAAGAUCUGGAUUUUUAAAACUAAAGGGGAUAAAAAAAACCCUCAUUGGAAUGUGAUUUAAAAAAUGCAUUUUUUGCAAACUGAAGAAAGCCAUGUACUUUUAAGAAUUGCUGCCUCACGUCCAAAAGAUGUCACUGCACUCUCUGUCAAUCAUUCAGUGUUGUAAUAACAUGGCUUUAUAGAAAAGCAAUUCUCGCCAAAGUACGGUGUAGCGUUUUGUUGGUUUUUAAACAAAGUACGUGUCUUACUUUGUGUCUACGACGUCUUAAGAAUCAUUUAUGUUUCAUUUAGAAACAUUACAGAAAUGUUUGAGUUUAAUUGAACAUUUUAUUUUGCAUGGAUGUGCCGAUUUAAAGGAUCAAUUCACCCAAAUCACGCUAGAACAUUUUCCUCACUUACUGCUAGUUUUGUCAAGCAAUUGGGUUUACGCGUUCAGGUUUUUAUUAUCUCCACUACUGAGACUUCUGCUGCCGCCACUGUACAAUGAAGAAUGCAAUGUUGUUAGCGUCUUCCAGAAGCAGCGUCCUGGCUCCUCAGGAUACUCCACAGACCUCACUGUCAACAGCUUCCUCCAGAUGAAGACUGUUGACCUGCUUCGUUGCUCACUGUAACACCAAAACUAUCUGCGUGGCUCGACGCCACCGGAGAUCAGUGGGAAAAUGUUUAUAUAUUUUCUUGUGACGUGGGUGAAGCAGCCCUUUAAUCCAUACUGUUAAUAAAUGCGUACAUGUAUAACCUCGUAUUUGUUUGAAAUAAGUGUAGGAACUUAUGAUGACUGCUUCCUGUUAAAGUCUUAAAAUGAGUUUUGUAAUAAAGUGUUGAAAUGCUGUCGCCCAGUGAUACUGAAUAUAUGAGAAAUAUUAAAUUGUAAAAUACAAGAAAUGAGUGUUGUCACUUUUCCACUUAAUAAAGGGGAUUAA